AUGAAACACAAAACAGAGCAUGAAAAUAAAAACAGCUGUGCGAAUAAGAAAAAGAGGCAUAGUAGAGUCAAGGCAAAACAAAAUAAAAAGAUAUUUCCUUCUUCUUCAUCAUCUGAUGAUCUCAAACGAAAGUCGUUGUCGUUCGUUAAACUAAUAUUUAUUGUGCAUGUAUCCACUCCCUUCUUUUCUCUAGGGUUGCAGCAUGCAUCCAUUCGUAUCGGUUUCUUCAGCCGUUUCCUUUAUAUUCAUUCAGUUGCAACUUGCAAUGCAUUUGAAAUGCUUAGUGCCAUAUGGUUGAUGAAAAAUGUUUCGCUAUUUGAAACAUCUUGCAUCAUGCAGGAGCUUGAAAUGGGUUACGUUCUAAAUAACGAUAGAAUAGAAUGA